AAUGUUGGCACUAUAAUUCAAAUCUACGUCCAACUAUUCAAUGCGUUUUUAAAGAUUUAAAUAAUAUUGAUUAUAAUGACCUAUUUGAUGUUAAAGAGAUUUUUACGGGAAAUAAUAUGAAUAUAGAAUGUAAUAAACUAUCAUUAGAACCAAAAAGUUUAAAUACUACAGAUUUGAUGAAACAUUGUACUGAUUUGUAUAAUGAAACAGCAAAAGAGUUGGAAUUAAUCUCUUCAGCCAUUUCGUCUCUUAAAGAAGCAAACCAAACCAGCACAUUUUAUUUAAAUUCUGCCUUGAAUAUAAUUCCAAAAGCAUCACUUUCUUCAAAUCCUACUAGUUACGAAAAUGUGUUUCUUUAUAAUUUGAAUCAAUUACUUAUAACUCAAUUCGAUAUUCAAGGUGUCUCAAAAAAUAGUACAUGUUUUAUAAUUUAUCAUAUAAAAAAAUAUAUAGAAAACAAUAACAAAAACCCACAUGAAAUUUUUAAUCAAUAUAAUAAUCAUAAAGAUAGAUCUUACUUUACAAGCAUCAUCGGUUUCUUUCAUGAACAUGGGAUUGGUACAACUGUAAAUUAUUGUGAAGCAUUUAAUAUGUAUGAAGAAGCAUCUAAAGAUCUUUGCCCAACUAAUUUUGUAAAUCAACACGAACACUUUCUUUUAUCAAAUAACUUGUUAAGAGAAAAUUUAUUAAAAGAAAAUCAACUUGUUGGAUUAAUCUCUCUUGGUUUACUUUAUAUUGAUGGAAGGGGUGUUAUGAUAAAUAGGAAAAAGGCAUAUCAAUUAUUUUUAAGAUCUGCUAUCAGAGGAUCUAGUUUAGGAAAAUAUUAUGUUG